AUGAUCCGACGAAGAGUAUCCACGAGACGACAACAGGAGAUAGUUAUGUCUACUUGGCAACAACACGCACUGGCGAAUACAACUUUACUUAAUAAUUCCAGUCAAAUUGUGAAUAAUCCAAAUACACAUAGUAGAACAAAUUCUGUGGAAGUACAUGAUAAUUUAGGAGAAAUUAAUCACACGUCGACACUUUCAGGAGACUUCGAAAAUCUCUUUAAUAAAUCGGAUUACAGUGAUAUUGUCUUGAUUGUUGAAUAUGAACAAUUCUAUGCACAUCGAAUUGUCUUAGCUGCACGAUCGGAAUACUUUCGUGCAUUACUCUACGGAGGCCUUCGUGAAUCUCAACAUACUCAUAGUUCCAUUGAAAUUAAAGAAUGUAAAUCAGCGGCAUUCCGAAUUCUCUUACUGUAUAUCUACACUGGACGUAUUAAUUUACUCAAAGAAAAAGUAGAUAGAAUGCAUUUGUGA